AUGAACGCGAGCUUCCUGAACCACAGCGGCCUGGAGGCUGCGGGUGGCUUGGGCGGCGGCGGCGGCGGCGGCGGGGCCGGCGUGGGGAACCGCAGCCACGGGCUGGGCACGUGGCUGGGCUGCUGCCCCGGGGGCGCGCCGCUGUCCGCCAGUGACGGGGUCCCCGCGGGGCUGGCUCCGGAUGAGCGCAGCCUGUGGGUGACGCGCGUGGCGCAGAUUGCCGUGCUUUGCGUGUUGUCGCUCACCGUGGUCUUCGGCGUUUUCUUCCUGGGCUGCAACCUGCUCAUCAAGUCGGAGAGCAUGAUUAACUUUCUGAUGCAGGAGCGCCGGCCUUCCAAGGACGUGGGCGCUGCCAUCCUGGGGCUGUACUGAGCGCCGCCUCGGCCCGCCCUCGGCAGCUUGGCUGGAAGAAGACGGAGAAGGGAGCCCAGGACCCUGGUUCCCCCUCCCCGGGCUCUGCCGCCGCCUCUCGGCGGGCAGCGCGAGGGGCAGCGACGUGCCUCCGGGCGCCCGGGCCCGGGC